GCUUCCACUCAUCUGCACUAAUCUGCAUAUCCAGAAUGCAGUCGAAGUCGUUCAGUCAGCCAGUGAGCAAAACGUACUUGCAGAAACUUGAUAUUAUCAUUGUAAAUCAAACAUCGCUGUGUUUGGAUUGCUUCGGUUAGACUCGGACACAAUAGGGGCACCGGCGGAGAAAGCUGCUUAUCAGCAUCAUCGGCCAGUGCUGCCUUCUGUACGAGGUACAUGACCAGGUAACUGAUUACACAUCUCUGCUUGCUUCUCACUCCCUACUCCGUCUAGAAUCUCCCAUGUCACCCAUCAACAACUGCUCACUGAUCGCUCCUGAAUCCUCCCGAAUUCCUUCCGUCCUGAUGCUGUCAGUGUUCUGCGCUCCUUAGCUUAAAUGGAUUCCCCCCAGCCGGGAUCGGAGUUUCGGAUCGUCAUCGGGGAAUUAAUUCACGAGCUGGAGGAACACACCAAGCGACGAGACGAAAUAUCGAAUCGUUUCAUUCGUCGACAUGACCUCGUCAAAGUCUGGCAGAAUGAAAGCCGUAUCCAUAGGCUGCUUUACAACGACCAACUCACCCCAGAGGAUGUGCACGAUAUCCAAGAGAACUUUAUCGCCAUCCUUUCCAUUCUCGUAUCCAUUGAAGCCAUUGAUAGCAUACGCAAUUUUCGCAGCACAUUUCCCAUAGGUACCAUCUCCGACCGGGAUCUUCCGCUAGAGCGAGAGCAGAUUGAAAUGUUCCUUCCAGACCGCCCGGCACUGGUCCGCAGAUUUGAUGACGUUCAGUGUGAAUUUUGUCCUGUGCCAAUAUGGCGCACGAGGUCAUUACAAUCAGUUCCCCGAAAGUGCCGAUUGCCUUUCACGGAUCCACCUACAAGGUUGGGCGUCGGAGGCUUUGGUGAAGUUGAUUUGGUAGCAAUAGCACCGCGGUACUGGAAGGUGGAUGAAGACGCAGAUUAUGACGUUGCUUACAAGGUUGCCUGCAAACGAUUCAAGUCCGACAAAGAUUUCAGCAAAGAGGCUGAGAACCUCAGAAUCUUGAAGAAUAGUUUGACGAAACAGGAUCAUAUCCUUCAGCAUUAUACAACUCUUUUCCAUGAUCCAUACAACUAUAUCCUCUUUCCGUACGCCGAGAACGGAGAUUUGAAUCAGCUUCUAUUGGACGGUGGAGGGUACUAUCUGUUUCAUGAACGAUUUCCUCACGUACCACCAGUAGGAGAUCCAGCAGUAGUUAAGCCCCUACUACAUCAGUGCUGGGCUUUAGCGUCCGCUGUCAAUUGGUUACACGGCGGGAUUCAAGUUGAUACUAAGAGUAUAAUGUGUGCACAUUUAGAUCUCAAGCCCGACAACAUCUUGAUCAUGAGGGACAAUGACUCCAUAGUAGGGAAGUGGAUGAUCUCAGAUUUUGGCAUCUCCGCUGUUGAGCCUCAUAGAGAUGGCUCCAGGCCAGCACUCAGUGUCGGAUACCGGUACCGACUAUUGACUAUCGAGACAGAACCUAAGCACCAAGCGGGAACGUACCUCCCCCCUGAAGCUAUUCACCGAGGGGCGAUGGCAGCCGCCGCUGACAAGGUUGGUCGUCAAAGCGAUAUUUGGGCCUACGGAUGCAUCUUCAGCGAGAUACUUGCCUGGGCAAUUGGACGAGCAUAUCUGGUCGACAAACUCGCAGACGAACGAACGUAUGGUGCGACCAGUGAUAGAUUUUGGGAAGAAAGCUUCGGUCAAAAUUUAUCCCCCCAACCGACGGGAUAUAAGCUACGCGAGUCUGUUUCUGCGUGGCUUGACGAGGUCCGAGACUCACCAGAGAGGGUACUGAGGGACUGGGCACAAGCCAUCAAAGACAUCCUAAUUACCGACAAGCAGGCUAGACCCAACGCAGAGAAGCUUGUUGGUUACGUCGAAAGAGUGUGCAGCUCAUGCGAUCUGUCUCCGGAGGUGAUAGAUGAUCACCCAUUGACUCCAUAUCACACACCUCCCCUUAGCUCGCCGAGUUCCGGCUCAACUGAGACGGGUCAGAAUCCCGAAAAGACCAGCAGGCCUAUCUCUCACGGCAUAAAUCCCGGUAUUGCCAGAUACUUGUCUCGAACUGCCCGUCAGGGCAAAGUACAUGCCGCCGUGGUGUCACAGGACAAGAUCGAGAUAUUUGGACUGAACCUUUCUCAAGACGAAGUCAGUCUGGUCAGCAAAAUGCCCCUUCCCCCUAAAUGGGAAGAUGCCGGCGUUGUUAUUGAGGGACAGUACUUCGCAGCUUGGGGUUAUUGUAAGGCGGAGAAAAAGAGGGCGGUAAGUUCGCUUCUCCGGAUCGGUGAUAUAUAUUCGGACUUCGAGCCCAGCUUGCCUGUCAACCAGGGGCUUCUUGGUUCAGUAGCUGUAUCAUGCCGUGGAAUCUUUGCUUUGGUCCGGGACAAGGAUAUCGUGCUGCUAUCCUGGCCGUGUACACCAGCAUCCUCUGUGAACCGCCGUCUAAUUAUCCCGUUCUACAUGGAUCAAACCUUCACGCACGCAAUUUUCAAUGAAGCCGGUGGCUUGUUGUUUGGAUGGGCGAGAGGUCAGAAACAGGAGUCUCUAUACGUAUGGAAUGUCGAGGCUGAAAUCAGCGAUGUACCGGAUUUCGUCGUUCACUAUUCUCUUCAACGCUUCUAUCUGAAUACUCAAGUGAUCCCCUACAGCAGUGGGCGAGGCUGCAUCCUUGCGGGCGAUCACAACAAAUUUCUCGCUGUCUCCCUGAAAAACCCGAGUACAGGUUUGCCAGGCAUAGAGCGCUUAGACGAGACUAUUGAUGUGGUAGCUAGCUGCUUAGUCGGCAAUGACCAGCUUCUUGGAUUAGUCAGUACGCGGGGUUUCCGUACUCGGUUAUGUCUGCGAAGAUAUAAGAUUGACCACGGUGGAGACGGGGAUACUCUCAUACUCCAGGACCAGGAACUUUGCAACAUCAACAUUCCCAGAGAGUUCAAGUCGACAGGUCUAAUGCGAGCUUAUCAGGAGGAAGGAGCGAUAACGGUGGUUUUGUGGAACGGAACCAGCAUCUUGAUUUCCAAAGGUAUCAAAGAGAUCUGA